AUGGCUAAUUUGUUCAUGACGAACGAGGAGCUUGGAAAGAAAAACGACGAUCACAAGCGGACUAAAAUUCCCCCAAUCCGAUCCUCGCAAUGGAAUGCGGCUCGGAUUCCCCCACGGAAGACGCUGAAGCGUCUCGCCAUAGCCUUGACCGUCGCCAUUUUCGUCUACCUUUUUAUACACAACAUACCUACAGAUAACCCCAUCCGAGACCACCGACACCCCGUCUAUCGCCCCGUUUCCGCUCAAACCCCGUCGAACGCACCGAGCAUUCCCAAGCUAAAUCCCGAUCGUCCUUGGAAGCCACCGACAAAGCCUGAGACGGCCAAGCAGAAGCCAAAGCCUAUUCCUGAAGUUGACCCAAAGCCUGUGCCGGAUGUUGGCUACAAUGGCCCGAUCACGUUUCCCAAUCUCGCUGUGUCGCUACAAGCAAUAUAUGAGACACAGGGAACAUCUCCAACGAAUAAAAACAUACUGUUUGCGGCAUCCAGCCUUAAGAGCGCUGCUAAGCUGCUGCCAAUGGCUUGUCAGAUGGGGACCGAGUUACGGAGCUACGUGCACUUUGCCCUCAUGAGCCGAAGUGAUAUCGAUAUGGAGCAGCUGCAGGCUAUCAACGGCAUCGACCAGUCCUGCCAGAUCAUAUUUCACGACGCCCGUCUGGAUAAAUCGACCGAGUCAACCAAGACACGCCUUUCUAAGGGUGUAUCUCGUGCCUUCCACCACGUCCAAACGUACAUGCACCCACAAGCUGUGCUUGUAGAUGCUUCGGGCGAAGAAGAGGAGUAUUUCCUUCCCGCUGCAAGAGCCCAGGCAUCUGAGGAAGGAUUCCCUCUGAUCGAACUACCUGAGGGCGCACAGAAACACCUUGCUUGGAUGACGAAGCUGGAUAGUGCUUCUUUAGCAGCCUGGAACAAAGUCAAUGUCGAGAUCAUGGUCUACGCCUCAACCGGCACCUCGGGAAGCCUAAUUCGGCUGCUGAAAUCUCUGUCGGCCGCGGAUUUCACAGCUUGUGCUAUUCCACACUUGACCAUUGAGCUUUCUCACGAUAUUGACGCCGCUACGACUCAGUUUCUGCAAAAGUUCCAGUGGCCGCCUUCCCGAGCGUAUAAUCCGACUCACGUUCGUCAACUGACUCUUCGCCACCGUAUCCCGCGUAAGAGCUUGACGGAAGAAGAGAGCUCAGUGCGAUUCCUCGAGUCUUUCUGGCCCGCAGACCAGCAUUCCCACGUCUUAGUUCUCUCUCCGAAUAUCGAGUUAUCCCCUCGGUUCUAUCAUUGUAAGCCGCCGUACCCCCAAUUUGUUAAUCAUUUGCUUUACAAAGCCCGCCCGAUGUUGACAGCAUUCCUCAAAGACCUAAAGUACGCACUCCUUGAAUACAGCUACUCCGUCCCCGCUACCAUGCAACAAUGGGACUCUCACAUUCUUGGUAUCAGUCUAGAGCUUCCCUCAACCCACCCAGGCGAUGCCCUCAAACCUUUCAGCCCGCCCUCUGCGUCCAAGAAGGCUACUGCCGCCCAACAACAAAAACAACAAAAGAAAACCCCCACCGACAACAACACCCCAUUCCUCUGGCAAGCUCCCGGCAGCAAUGCCGUCCUCUACAGCGGCCAAAAGUGGACGGAACUCCACAAACUUGUGUCCAAAUCACUCGAGUUCCUUCACCAACAGCAUCAACAUGCUAGCGCUACCAACCCUGCCUUGAAUUUCUUCACCCAAAAACAAAUUAGCAAACACUACCCCUCCUGGCUCGAACACGCCCUCCGUCUCGCGCGCGCCCGCGGCUACUUCACCUUGUACCCCAGCCCCCAAACAGCGAGGAACCUGGCGACCGUACAUAAUGAGCUCUACCGAGGGCCGGAGGAGUACCGCAGCAGCGAUGCUGGUGGUGGGAGCGAUAGCGGCAGUCGGAAUGAGCUAGGGAAACAAAAUGAUGAAAUCAGCCUCUCCCCCGGUUCGCUACUGGACAGCUUACCCGCCGGGGGCAAUCUCGUGCCCUUUGGUGAUAUGCCGUUGCUGGAUUGGGAGGGAAGGGCGACGAGUUUAGCGGAGGUGGAUAGGGGGGCAGGGGAAUAUGUGGAUGAGUUCAGGAGAGCGGCGGGGUGUGGAAAGUUGGAGAAGGGGAAGAGUCAGAUGGGUGAGGACGGUGAGGAGGAGGAGGAUGAAAAGAAUAUCUUGGCUAAUGGGGUUCGGAAAGGAGGGGUGGAGAAUUUGUUUUGUAAUCGGUGA